AUGCUCAGGAAGACCGCGGGGAGCGUCGGCCUCAGAGUGACUCAGCAGCGUGAAGGGAUCCAGAGACUGAGUCCUGGACCGCAUGGGGACAAACACGCAUCCACCACGACCAGCAGCCCCACUGUGAUGGGGCCCAGCAGCAAACUGAAGACUAUGGACCAGCUAGGGGGACCGAGUCUACUGACGACCUUGAACUGGCUCUUUGUGAAGGGCUAUUUCAAAACUACGCAGCAGUUGCAAAUCGAGCACAGCAGGAUCUACGGACCUCUGUGGAAGUCAAAGUACGGACCUCUGGUCGUGGUGAACGUGGCCAGCGCCGAGUUCAUCGAGCAGGUUCUGAGGCAGGAGGGAAGACUCCCAGUCCGGACCGACAUGCCCCACUGGAGGAGCUACAGAGAGCUCAGGAACCAGGCCCACGGACCCCUGACGGAAAUGGGGGUCAACUGGCAGCGGAUCCGCAGCAUCCUGAAUCCUCGGAUGUUGAAGCCCAAACACGUUUCGUCGUACACCAACACCAUCAACGAUGUGGUGAGCGACUUCAUCCACAGAGUGAGCUUGUUGAGGGAAACCAACGGCGGCGGAGUGAUGGUCCACGACCUGACGGCAGAACUCUACAAAUUUGCUUUUGAAGGGAUCUGCUCCGUGUUGUUUGAGACCCGUAUGGGCUGCAUGAACCAGGUGGUGCCCGAAGAAACCCAGAAGUUCAUCUUCUCCGUGGGGGAAAUGUUCCAGCUCUCCCCCAUCAUCGUCCUCUUCCCCAAGUCCGUCUGGCCCUACUUACCCUUCUGGAAGCAGUUCGUGGCGGCCUGGGAUCAUCUCUUCAAAGUCGCUGAAGGUCUGAUCCAGCAGAAGAUGGAGUCCAUCCAGCAGAAGGUGCACCUGGACCAGAGUGUGGAGGGAGCGUACCUGACUCACCUGCUGCUCAGCGACCAGAUGACGGUCACGGAGAUCCUGGGCAGCAUCACCGAACUCCUGCUGGCGGGAGUCGACACGACCUCCAACACCGUCUCCUGGUGUCUGUACGAGCUGGCGAAGCAGCCGGAGGUCCAGGAGCAGCUCUACCAGGAAGUGAUGAGCGUUUGUCCCGGAGACGAGCUGCCAAACAGCGAAGACAUCGCUCGGAUGCCGUACCUGAAGGCCAUCGUCAGAGAGACGCUUCGGCUGUAUCCGGUGGUACCAGGAAACGCUCGGGUGUCCGUUGAUAAUGAGAUCGUGGUCGGAGAUCAUCUCUUCCCCAAAGACACGCUGUUCCACCUGUGCCACUACGCCGUGUCCUACGACGAGCACAUCUACCCCGACGCCCACUCCUUCCUGCCGCAGCGCUGGCUCCGAGGGGCGCCGGAGAAGUCCAGGCAGCACCCGUUCGGCUCGCUGCCGUUCGGCUUCGGGAUCCGGGCGUGUCUGGGGAGACGGGUGGCCGAGCUGGAGAUGUACCUCCUCCUGUCCAGGCUGAUGAAGCACUACGAGGUGAGGCCGGACCCAGCCGGGACCGCGGUGAAGCCCAUCACCAGGACCCUGCUUUGUCCCGCCAAACCCAUCGACCUGCAGUUUGUGGACAGACCAGCGAAGCAGCGCAGGGCAGUUUAG